GAAAUACCGGCUCAAUCGGGAACCCGUCUUGGAAUAUUUCACUUGCUUGCGUGCCCUCGGUCCAGUCGAGUUCAGAAAUGAAUAUCGCGGUUAUUGGUGCAGGUGUCGUUGGAGCCUCGACUUCUCUCGCCAUUCAGGAAGCAUUUCCGUUCUCGCGGGUCACCGUCUUCGCCGACGCGUUUUCACCCCAGACGACCGGUGACGGAAGUGCGGGACUCUGGACUCCCUAUCUCUUGGGAAACACUCCCGCCGAAGACGUCUUGCGAUGGUCUGGAGAAACUUACCACUGGAUGUUGAGUAUUUGGAAAAGCGAGUCGGCGGGAGACGCCGGGGUUUCUCUUAUUCCGAUUACCAGGGUGACCAGCGAUAUUCAAGGCUUUCCCGAGCAGGCUUGGACAUCUACGGUUUUUGGCUCUCACAGAAUGUCCAUCGACGAUUUAAGGAGACUGAACGAGGAGCAAACUGCUGAGUAUACAGGAGGAUGGCAAUUCAUGACUUUCACUGCAGAACCAACGCGCCUUAUACCUUGGAUUUUGGAAAAAUUUAAAUCACUAGGUGGAAAUAUUGUGAAAAGAAAAAUUCUGCAGCUUGAUGAAUUAGUUGACGAAAGUUUUGACCUGUUGGUCAACUGCACCGGACUUGGAGCUCGUGAUCUGAUUGGAGACGCGACUAUGCAACCUGUUCGAGGGCAGGUAUCCAGGGUUGAGGCUUCCUGGGCGUUUCAUGUAUUCCUUGUUGAAGACGAUUCCGGAAACUACGUAAUUCCAAAUAUUGAAAGCGUGGUUCUCGGCGGUACCCAUCAGGAAAAUGAUUAUGACUGCAGGAUUCGACAGGAAGACGAAAAGUUCAUUCACGAGGGAUGCAAUAAAUUGCUCCCAGCUUUACGGGGGUGUAAAAUCAUAAAGCGAUGGGUCGGUCUUCGUCCUGGCAGAUCUCGAGUACGAUUAGAAACAGAAAGAAGAGAAGCAGAGAACGGGAAGAAAUUCACGGUCAUUCAUAAUUAUGGACAUGGUGGAAGUGGAGUUACUUUAUGCCGGGGUUGCGCACUCGACGUAGUGAGAAUCAUGCGGGGUUUGAAGUCCGAUAAGAAUCUCUCCAAAUUAUAAAGAAAAGUUUAUAAUUAAACUGUUAGUCGUGCUCGAGUAGAAUAUCUAUACCUAAUACUAUUUUCACUUCUUAUUUAAACUUGUUUAUUUAAAACCAGCAUCGAUCAAUGUCUCGCCGAUUAUACUUUGCCUUGAAAAUGUUAAAGAUGACCUGGCAGAAUGAAAAGUGAGGAAGUAGGAUGAUGGGUGCCAUUCAUAAUCCCUAAGCUUUCCUUUCACUCACCAUCGUAAGGUGGAAAAUCGAAGUUUCAAUGGUGAAAUUAUUUAGCGCCGGUAUCAGAUUCUCACGAUAAACGUGAUUGUUUGUUAAUAUAUUAUUACACAGAGCACGCAGAGUUUCUGGUGCAGCGGAUCGCCACCCCCGGUAAUAAAUCUACAAUUUAAUUAUAUCUUCGUGGGUGUAUCUAUAAACAAAAUCUAUAUAGUUACACAAAUCGUAUAAGUAACUGCACAUCAAUCUCGACCCUCGUCCUGCCGACAUUACACAGGCAUAUAUUUCAUAGUCAAAUGCGCUUUCGAAUAGGUACGAGUUGGCUUUGCUUUAAUACUAUUUGUGUACGUAUAAGCUUUCGGAUGCAAUGCAUUUAACAUUAAUACCGACUGUCGUGGAGCUUCCGUGACAGUCUGCACUGUCCAUAAUACCCAUAGCGUUAUAUAUGUAUAUAUGUAUACCUAUACAUAUACGUAUAAGAUAUUAUAUGCAUAGCCUUUUCGUGACUUACGUACUUGACGCGCAAAAAAUAUUCGGCCUAAUUUCUUGCUGCCGCCAGUUUAAUAAUCGUUGCGGGUAUUAUUAUGGAAAAUUAUACAUUAGCUUUAUUAUUUAACGAAAAUCCUGCGUAGCGAACUUGUUUUGAUGAUAUU